CGCUCGUCAGCCAUCCCUCGCAGCGCCUGCUGUUAACUUGCGGGGAGGUUUUGUGUUAGGAUUUCCAUUCAUGCGCAUCGACUCCCUCAAAGCCCUUCUUUUUGCCUUGCUUUGAAAGCAAAACCACUUUUUUACUUUUUUUUUUCCAGCAAAGAGGUUCGUUCGGGACGGCUUGUCGCUCAUUUCCAAUUUUAUCCGCCUAUCCCGUUCCUCGUACUGCAUGCAACCCGCUCUCUCGUCAGGCUGGCCCACGACAAAGAAAGAAUCCAAUCCGCAGCCUCGUUUGGUGUUUCCUAUUCUUUCCCUUGCCUGUACGGUAAUCGCGAACUGUCGUUUCCUGACGCAAGCUCCCACAAAAAGCCAACAGGAAUAACACACCGUCGCAAAGUGGCAAGACCAACAACCCGCGCGACCGUCAUCCGAAGAUCAAACUAAUCCACUUCAGACCGCAAAAAAAAAAAGCAGGAGGGAAACAGUAAGCAGUUACGACUGAGACUUAAGCAAGUAUUAGUUGUCACAAACCAGCACUACUGUAUCGCAGCACGCGCACGACUUGCCGACUUGGUUAAUGACACUUGAAAUAUCAACUCCGCCAACGGACCCUAUCGACCUGUUUUGUCAACUUGACGUUCAUCGAACUCCACUCUUAAGCGACGCGACGCGAACGCAGCUCGAUUGACCGGUGGCUCCCUACUGCUAUGCCUAGGACGAGCCCUAGCGACACUUCUAGAUCGGAUCUGCAAACCGAGUCGAACAGGCUGCUGCGAUUGAAGGAUCGAAUUGCAGGAGCAACCGAUACUGCAUCUCGUUGAACGGUCCCUCUUCGGCCUUUCGAAGCCCUCAGCCUAGCAUUUGGUUUCUCUCGCGGCGCCGGAACCUUCGGACCUUUACGAGGGACUGGCUCAGUUGCCGUCUUCCCUACCAACCUUACUCACAUAACUUCGUUGGGUAUACAGAGUUACAUAGUACUGGCGACGACGGCGGUCACCCUCAACUGCGCACUGCGCCCGCCUGAGAAGCCGGAGCCAUGGGGCUCACUUUCAAUACAACAUGCAAUGCCACACUGGACGAGAUGAGGAUCGGACCCGAAGAUGAGAUACCCAUCGUUGGCCCCUUGCGAUUCCACGACCUCGCCCUGGUAAUUGCCUCGGCAUCGACAUUGGUGGCUGUCGCCUUGAGUUUUUUCUUGAUAUUUAUGCAUGCGACACAUUACACCAAGCCCAAUGAGCAACGGCACAUUAUUAGGAUCCUCUUUAUGGUGCCAGUGUACUCCCUGACCUCGCUGCUCUCGCUAAAAUAUUACUGGCACGCCAUAUACUUCACAAUCAUCUCCGAGUGCUACGAGGCAUUUGCUAUUUCGGCCUUCUUCGCCUUAAUGUGCCAUUACAUUGCGCCAGAUCUUCACGAGCAAAAGAAGUUUUUCCGAGCGCUGACGCCAAUCAAGCCAUGGGUGUGGCCACUCGACUGGUUCCGUGCCUGCUGCUGUGGCCAGAGAGGGCCUUGGAGGACACCUGCUAAUGGGCUUACUUGGUUCAACAUCAUCUGGAUUGGCAUCUACCACUACAUUGUCAUUCGAGUCGCGUGCACAAUCACUGCCGUUGUCACGCACUACUUCCACAAGUACUGUGAAAGCAGCAACAGCCCGGUGUUUGCACAUAUCUGGGUGCUUGUUAUUGUGUUCAUAGCAGUUGGUAUUGCCAUGUACUGCCUGAUUCAGUUCUAUGUUCAGCUGAAGGAGGAGCUGGCAGAACACCGGCCAUUCCUGAAGAUAUGCGCCAUUAAGCUUGUCGUCUUCCUCUCUUUCUGGCAGUCGGCUGCCAUCUCGGUGGCAACCGCCCAACUGGAGAUCGUCAAGCCCAACGAGAUAAUUGCGUAUCCAGAUCUCAAGGUCGGGAUCCCAUCUCUGCUUCUCUGUAUCGAGAUGGCACUCUUUGCCAUAUUGCACAUCUGGGCCUUCCCCUAUUCGCCAUACCGCGUUGGGGCCAAGCCUACCUUCUACCCCGUGGCAGAUCCAUCGAGUGGAGAAGCGCCCAAACAGAGUAUACAAUUACCACCUUCGGGAGGGUUCCUAGGCCUAGCUGCUCUUUGGGAUGCCCUGAAUAUCUGGGAUUUCAUCAAGGCGUUUGGGAGAGGUAUCAGAUGGCUCUUUGUCGGGGUCAAGCAAAGGGGUAAAGAUGGUUCAUACGGGGGUCACAGGCGUAAAGGAAGCAACAGUAGCAGCGGAGAUCUUGAUCUUGGCAAUCUGGCAAAGAGCAGGAACGGGUUCACCAGCACUGAUCACUUGCCAAUUGCGAACCAGUUCCGGCGUAGCAAGUUCAUGUUCGGCGGGGGAGGUAACGGCUCUUCCAACAGCACAACAGGCAACGGCUCACGCAGCCUAGCCCGGCCACGACUGUCGCCUGUGCCUCAAAGCCCGGUCAGUGUCAACAGACCGACGAUUAUAGAGGAAGAAGACAGCGGGCUGAUCGCGAACGCGGCGGAGCCUGGUAGGCGUGGUGUCCCAGAACCCCCAUCGCCGUAUCGAGACCACUACCCGGGGGAUCAUGCCAACGAAGAUGCUAUGGCGGCCUUUCCGGUCCCUCCUGGGGCUUAUGGCAACCAACCACAGUCUCAUGAUGAGAUGGCAUAUUCCCAGCCUUUCACACCUACUAGGAAUUUCUCGCGGGGUGGUUCGCAGGCCCCUUCUGGUCGAGUGCUUCUUGGGCAGCAGAGGUGACAUUUGUAACGAUGGCACGAUUUUCAAUUCUCUUUCUUUUUCUUACGACAAGCGUGGUUGUAGACUACCAUAUACAUACAACAGCCCUACAACAAACACCCAAACCUUUCUCAGCAUGCGCCAAUAAACAAACGUAUUGGCCCUUGUUUCCUUUGAUUACGACAGGCGGAUACCCCUUAAAUUUGACAUUAAACCAGCCGCAAUGGCUGCUUGCAUUUGGUGGGCAGUCUAACAACCAGCACGUGCAGACUUUCCUUGUUUUCUUGCUCCACGCCUCCUGAACUUCUUAAAUUCCUACAAAAAGGAAUAAACAUAGCAUGGCGUGUCCGAAAAAUAGCAGGCAGCCUAUGAUGGAUGACCUGAUACAGUCUAUUGUUAUCAUCUUUUUCAUUUUGACAAGGCCGCCAACGAUUCGGCUGGUAACUUGGGCUUUAAUCCUUGUUUUCUUUUUAGCUGUCAUGACGAAACACACUACGAUCUAGAACUAGAUAAUCAACAAGGACACACCUGAGUUUGACAUGGUUUCUGUGCAAUCACUGUUUCCGCUAGUGGUUAUUGAUCCCC